AUGAUGCCUCUUGUUGCUUUGCUGUUACUGAUCCUGGUUUCCUACCAUUCUGAUUUGGUCACAGCUUUUACGGCGACCUCUGUGCGAUAUGAUGCAAAGCCGGUUCCACUACUGGCGCCACGGCCCUCUUUCCCAGCCACAAGAUUGUAUGCGGAAGGAUCCACCAACAGCAACAGCAACAGUACUGGGACUCCAACGACAACCUUUGAAAGAAACUCCACUAGUGACGAUUAUCUCUCGGUGGAAUCACCUAUUGUUAUAGCUGAUUUGCUAGCCAUUGCGAUUGCGACGCAGCUGUUGGGACUCACCGAUGUCCUGAACGAUCCAACCUUUUGGAACAAUGGUGGAUGGAUCCAACCGGUAACUUCCACGGGAGUAUCCAACACCUUGCCGGUUCUCGUGCAACGAUUCAGCGUCACUGGAAUUGCAUGGCUGGGUUCCGCCUUUUCUAGUACAGAUGGAUUGAAUUACAAGGCAGUGGCAUCACCGGAAGAGUCCCUCCAAACCGUGGCCAAAUUGCUGGUCCCAUUUUCUUUGGCGCUGGUGCUACUGGAAGGAGUGCUUGCGGUGACUUUGUAUUCGGGUGGUUCCGUCGGACUGGAUGAAGCCACGCAAAUUCUGGCGAAUGCCUUUCAACUGUGGUAUUUUUCCGCCAUUGCAUUGGUGGCAGGAAGAUAUGUGGUCAGUCGACUCCCGUUCUAUUAUUAG